GCAAUGGGAAGUUAUUCUCACUGAUAAAAUUUAUCUGUUAUUCAUUUUGCUAGGUUUAUUUUCAUUCUUCGCUUUGUGAACCGUACUGUUAAUUCAUUCAUGUGUUGUAAGUGCUGAGUGUUAAUGAAGGGGUCUGAAUUGCAUGCAAAAAUCGCUUUAUCAUCAGCGAAAGUAUGUGCUGAAAUGUUAACAUGUGUAGGAAUAUCUGCAGUGUAUACUGAAAAAAGCAAUGGGCCAAGAACGCUUCCCAGAGGAACACCUGGUCUAAUAAGAGAAUGGAAAAACUUCAGGAAUAUCAGGGCACAUUGGGCAGGCUCCACUCAUUCAGGGAUGAAUUAAGAGAACGAUAUCACUCAUGGAGAGAAGAUAGGCUUUCAGGCGGCACGAAACAACCACCUGCCCGGGAAGAUCAACCCGAAGAUCAAUAUUCGCACAUUUUCAAGAAAAAGACGGCCGGAGAACUUUUAAGAAUAUCAGCCGUGGUCAUGGGGAUCGAGUUUUCCUAUGCUGCUGAAACGGCUUUCGUCUCUCCGACUUUGCUGACUAUCGGGGUCGAUCAUACGAGGAUGACCAUGAUGUGGGCCUUGUCCCCAAUCAUCGGGCUGUUUCUCACCCCGGUCUUGGGUUCGCUGAGCGACAAUUGUCAUCUAUCCCUUGGACGAAGAAGGCCUUUCAUAAUCCUUCUAUCCCUUGGAAUUUUAUUCGGUCUAGUAUUGGUGCCAAAUGGGCGGGAAAUCGGUAUAAAAUUAGGUGACAAUUACCAAUUGAACAAUUCAUCACACGAAUCUAGAACAAAUUCUACCGACGACACAACGCCCAUUUCAAAUCCCAAACACCCCUGGGGGGUUCUUUUCACCGUCUUAGGGACAAUAUUGCUCGACUUUGAUGCAGAUGCUUGCCAAAGCCCAGCAAGAGCAUAUUUGCUAGACGUUACAUUACCUGAGGACCAUGCAAGAGGUUUGACUAUGUUUACACUGAUGGCCGGACUGGGCGGCUUCUUCGGCUAUGCUUUAGGCGGAAUUAACUGGGAUCAAACAUUUAUAGGAGAUCUAAUGGGUGGACAUGUUAAAGCAGUAUUUACACUCAUAACAUUAAUAUUUAUCACCUGUGUUGUUAUUACGCUUACAAGUUUUAGUGAAAUACCUCUAAAAAUCUUAGACAAGACAAAUUCUUUUUAUAUGAAAAGAAAUUUGCAGACAGAAGAAGCGGAAAUAUCAAGGAAUGCGGAAUCAUACGGUACAAUUAAAACUCCAACAACAAAUGUGAUGAUGAAUGAGACACAAUUUCAUACUGAUGUGAAGGGCGUACAAAUUGAGAAAGGAAUAAAUUCUGGAAUUGAAGAACACAAAAUUAUAAAAACAACGGAGUCAGACCUGACACUCACAGACUACCUCAUGUCCAUUGUGCACAUGCCCCGUUCGAUUUUAAUCCUCUGUCUCACGAAUCUAUUUUGCUGGAUGGCCCAUGUGAGCUACUCGUUGAAUUUCACUGAUUAUGUUGGAGAGUCAGUUUUUGGUGGAAACCCAAUGGCUUUAGAAGGGUCUCAAGAAAAGCUCAUCUAUGAAGAAGGUGUCAGAUUCGGCUGCUGGGGAAUGUCAAUGUAUUCACUAUCUUGCUGCGGAUACUCUUUGAUCAUUGAAAAGUUAAUUAAGAAAUACAAAGUUAAAAUGACAUAUAUUGGAGGAUUGUGCUUUUACGGACUGGGCAUGAUCCUGAUGGCAGUAACAAACUGUAAAUUUUCCGUUAUAUUUUUUUCUUGUACAGCCGGGGUCUUGUAUUCCACGUUGUUUACAAUGCCCUAUCUUUUAAUAGCCCAUUAUCAUUUGAAAAAAAUGUUUGAUAGCGAAGGAAAUAUCUAUCAAAACCGAGGACUCGGGACGGAUGUGGCGAUAGUGAGCAGCAUGGUUUUCGUUGCACAAUUCACCUUAUCUAUGUUCAUCGGUUAUUUUGUAAGCGUUGCGAAUACAACUGCUGUCACUGUCUAUGCUUCGGGCGUUUUGGGAUUGUUAGCAAGCAUUUCAGCAACACAAAUAUUAUAUUUAGAUUUAUAAAUGAUAAACUGAAAGUAAUUUUUCCAUCUUGGGGACCACUUCAAAACACAAUGUAAUCCAUCAAUAUGUUUAAAGCUUAAGUUUAAUUAUUUAUUAAGUAAGAAUCUUCUGAUUUUAUCCAUGAAUAUUCCUUUUUUUAUAUGUGCUUCAUGUGGAAUAGAAAUAAAUUGGCAUUUAUUAUUAUUGUAAUUUUUGGAAAUGACCAAUAUAAA